AUGUCUACCGAUCUCAAGCCCCUCCGCAUCGUUAUGGCCUGCGAUGAGGCUGGUCAGCCCUACAAGGAGACCCUCAAGGCCGCCUUGGAGAAAAGUUCGUUGGUCGACUCCAUCCUCGACGUCGGCGUCAAUUCCACUAGCGACAAGACAGCGUACCCUCAUCCCGCUGUCGCUGGCGCCAAACUCAUCAAGGAGGGUAAGGCAGACCGCGGGCUGUUCAUCUGCGGCACUGGUCUCGGUGUCGCUAUCUCGGCGAACAAAGUGCCUGGCAUUCGUGCUGUGACGGCUCACGACUCUUUCUCCGUCGAGCGCUCGAUCCUCAGCAAUGAUGCGCAGGUGCUCUGCUUCGGCCAGCGCGUCAUUGGUAUUGAGCUCGCCAAGAAGCUCGCCAACGAGUGGCUGACCUACCGCUUCGACCCCAAGAGCGCCUCCGCCGAGAAGGUCCAGGCUAUUUCCGACUACGAGGCCCAACUCUUCAGUCAAGCUGCUGCCGCUCAGUAG